AUGUCUGUUAAAACAAUCGAAUCUUAUUUUAAUAACACACAAAAUUCUUCUAAAAGCAUGCUUGAAGAUGACACUCGUAUUUGUAAAGUCUGUGAUAAAGAUAAAGGUGUUGUAGGUAAAUGGGGUUCACUCACGUUAUUAAUGCCUAUAACGCGCCACUUUGAACAAAAACAUCCAAAUACUUUUAAAGUAUUUGGAAAAUUUGCUGCAAAACUUCCUUUUUCUCUCUUGGAAGAGAAUUGCUUUGCUAAAUUUGUUUCCACCCUUGACCCACAUUACAAGAUCCCCUGUCAUCAAUCCAUGUCUGAAAAUAUUAAAAAGCUAUUUGA